AUGGUGGCUUUUGAUUCUCCAGAGGUGGCCAAGCCUUCCAUGGAGGAUGAGGAAUUGAUGGUGAUGUCUCCACAACAAAAUAAGAAACGUAGAUUGGAGGUGGAUGUAGCUGAAGGGGGGUGUCAUACCAGGCUGGAAGUUGUGAAUGCCAACUCGAGUGAGGUCCUAAUCCAGCUGGGCUCCGAGCUGGCCGGGAGUCCAUGUUCAAAGAGUUUGUGGGAUGGUUUAAGUGGGGAAGCUGAAUCCUCUUUGAAGGGUGGGAGGUCAGGUCUGGAGCUUGGGUUACAUGGUGUCACUUCUCCAUUGCAACUAGUAGCUUCGAGCAAACGAAGGGGGUUCCCUGUGGGGGAGGGGGGAACUUUGUUAGAAAUAUGCCCUUAA